AUGGAAAUGGUAAAGUUUUGGGGAAACUUAGAUUUAAAGGAAAAAUGUAUUGAAGUCCCGAACGCUUUACAGUAUUGUGAUCAGUUUUGGAUGAAAUUUGUUUGCUCAAGUAAAUAUUCACAACUAAAAACAUGAUUAAAAAACUGUGUAACUUAGUUUGUAGACUUAGACGUAUGUGUAUGAAACUGCUGUAUCAAACAUGAACUUUAUAAAAAUAAUUUCAUAUCUUGAUUAAUAAAUGGUAAUCUUAAUAACUUAAUGAAAAUCAGUAACACAAACUUCACUCUAAACAUUAAGCAACCCAUUCAAAAAUUUAAUUAUUCACAUUAAAUAUUACUAACUCUUAAAAUUAAAAUAAUUAAAAUUUCUAAAAUUGUACUUAACACAUUCGUUUCAGAUGACGCCUUAAGGUGUCAUUUAUACAAUUAUUUUCAAUUGGUUUUAAUUUGAUCAGCAUUAGGUUUCUUUCAUCAGCAUUGUAUAAUUCUGUAUAUGUGUGAAAAAUUUAUAUCUUAAAUUUAAAAAAAAUUUCAGUCAUUCAAAAAAACGUAAUUUUUAACCAGCAUCGGAGAAUGGAUACACAAAAUUGA